GUGACGCGAUGGUGACGCGGCGGUGACGCGGCUGUCAGGUGACGCCAUGCUGUCCCGGCUGCUGAAGGAGCACCAGGCGCGGCAGAGCGAGCGGCGGGAGCUGCAAGAGCGGCGGCGCAGGGAUGCCAUCGCCGCCGCCACCCGCCUGACAGAGGCCCUGGUCGAUCACCUCAACGUGGGAGUGGCUCAGGCUUACGUCAACCAGCGGAAACUGGACCAUGAGGUGAAGACGCUGCAGGUCCAGGCGGCCCAGUUUGCCAAGCAGACUGGGCAGUGGAUCACCAUGGUGGAGAACUUCAACCAGGCCCUCAAGGAGAUCGGCGACGUGGAGAACUGGGCCCGCAGCAUCGAGCUGGACAUGCGGACCAUUGCCACCGCCCUGGAGUACGUCUACAAGGGGCAGCUGCAGCCCCCCUGCUCCUGAGCUGCGGCCCCCCCUGGCCCCCCCACACCCCGGGGCGCCCCCCCCCUUUUUUGCCACCACUCCUGUUCCCGGCAGAUAAGGGGGGACGGGUGGCUGCGCUGCCGCAGCAGCUCCCGGCUGCCUCGGGGAUCCCCCCCCAAAACCAGCAAGUGGGUGGAAUAAAAUGGUGUUUGGGGGGGGCUGGGGGGGGGGGGGGUAGCCAGGCCAGGCACAGCCUUAGCUGCCCCCCACCUCCUAAGCCCCCUCAUCCUCUUUAACCGCUUAA